AGAGCGAGAGGCAGAGAAGAGACAUCCAAAAAGGAGCUGGAUGAUCAGAGAGGAGCGAGGAUCCAGGGAAGCAGUGCACCACUGCCAUACUUCACACAUUGUCACACAUGGCGUGCAAACCAUGGCUGUGAUCAUCACCAGCUACCAGCAAUUGGGGACUGCCAGGGAUUAAAGAGAGAGCUGUGUAUGUAACAAACAUUGGACCCGUACAGGAGUGGCACACUGGUUUGUGGAUUGCUACAGCAUUUCUCGCUUUUCUCACAGAGCUUGAUCCUCUUCCGUGGUCUUUUUUAUGUUGUUUUCUUAGAAUUGGAGAGCAAGGGAUUUAUUGUCGGAUAACGUGAAGGGCGAUCUGCAAUGCCCUUUGCCAAGCGGAUUGUUGAGCCCCAGUGGCUGUUUAGGCACGCUGUCACCCAGGUAGAGGCGAGCUGUUGCCGGGAUCAGGGGGAAGAGCAAAGGCAGAAGCAAGCCCGGGGUAGUGCCAGGGAAGAAUUGGCAGUAGGCUCCGCACAGGUGCCCUCGGAUGAGAGAGAUCCUCUGUCCACAGAUGGAAAGGAAAAAGAAGUGGCCACUCUGGAUUUGUGCGCUAUCAGCAAUGUUGCAAUGUCACGGAUUUUACGCCAACUCUCGGAUGUAGCGCGGCAUGCCUGCUCUAUCUUCCACGAGCUCGAGGCAGAUAUUCAGGUUACCGCGCGGCGGGUGCGAGCGCUGCAAGGGAAAAUUGGUACUGUCCAGCAGGUUGUCAGCAGCUUGGAUCCAAAGCAGGAGACAGUGCCUGUCUCAAACCUGGAUGCAGAGAGCAAGCUCAAUGUCUAUUACAAGACCUCCUGGCAUCAGCAGAGGAACAUUUUCUUACCUACCACUAGACCCCCCUGUGUGGAGGAGUUGCACCGCCAUGCCAAGCAGAACCUGCGUGCUCUCCGGAGGGAGCAGCGGGCUCGAGCAGAUAGAGAACGAAGGUUCACGGGCUCUGUUUUUACAGCACCUCCAUUUCCUUCAUACCCAGCAGCUCAUACUAUAAAGAGACGUGAAGUAAAGGAACGACAACUUGCACCAUUUAACAGAACCCGUCCGCCCUCCCCCACUGAAUGUUGCCAUUUGACCCCAUGGAGUAGAAAGGCCCAUCCACCUCAGGAGGAAGAUGAUAUGGUUUUAGGCCAGAGGCCAAAAAAUCCAAUCCCUAAUGUCCCAUCUACACUGGAUAAACAGACUAACUGGAACAAAGACUUACCUCUCCCUACACCUGAGGAGAAGAUGAAACAGGAGUCCCAAGUCAUCACUUCUUGCAUUAUCCCCAUCAAUGUUUCCGGUGUUGGCUUUGACAGAGAAGCAAGCAUACGUUGCUCACUAGUUCAUUCACAAUCAGUUCUGCAACGUAGACGGAAAUUGAGGAGAAGAAAAACCAUAUCAGGAAUUCCAAGGAGGGUUCAACAAGAAAUAGAUUCAGAUGAGUCACCUGUAGCACGAGAUCGGAAUGUUUUAGUGCAUACAAAUCCUGAUAUUGCAAAUUCUGCAAACAGAAGAUCUGGAACUCGAGAUACAGAGUGCCAAACUGAAGACAUUCUCAUUGCUGCUCCCUCGAGAAGACGAAUAAGAGCUCAAAGGGGCCAAGGGGUUGCAUCACUCUCUCAUUCUGCAGGAAACAUUGCAGCUCUAACUGAGCCUGGAGACCAAAUGUUCACCACAACAGUGUCUAAUCGGAUUCGUUCUCGUAGUCUUCCUAGAGAAGGUGCUAGGGCAAGCAAUGAACAUACCUGUGGUGCUCAGUCUUCAACUUAUAAAGAUGAUUGCUAUAUAACAAGCUCAGAGAGAUCACUUAAGAAGGAAGACAGCUUAACGGGUCCAUGUUCCCCAGAACACCAGUCUCUAGGUUUAGUAUAUUCUCACCAUAGUCCACCAUUAGAGAGAGGUAGAUCAAGAUUAUCAAGAAUGGCAGAUUCAGGCAGUUGUGACAUUUCUUCAAAUUCUGACACAUUUGGAAGCCCUGUUCACUCCAUUUCUACUGCUGGAGUGUUACUGAGCACACACAUGGAUCAGAAAGAUGAUCAUCAGUCAUCAAGUGGAAACUGGAGUGGAAGCAGUUCUACAUGUCCCUCCCAGACAUCAGAAACAAUUCCUCCAGCAGCCUCUCCCCCACUGACUGGUUCUUCACAUUGUGAUUCAGAGUUAUCUUUAAACACUGCUACCCAGGCUGGUGAAGAUUCGAAUACCUUUAACAUUGAGCAAUACAAUGAUGACCACUUGGACAGCAUAAGAGCCCACAGGGCCAGCUCCUUUACAUCAACAGUUGGAGAUUUGCUUGAUGACCCAAAUAACAGUAACACAAGUUACAGUGAAUGGAAUUAUCUGCACCAUCACCAUGAUGCAUCAUGCGGUCAAGAUUUUAGCCCACAUCGCUUAAGGGGAGAUAGCCUAGGCUGCCCAAGCUUUACUAGUAUGGGCACAUAUGAUAGUUUUCUUGAAAAGCCAACAUCAGAGAAAGCAGAUACAGCGUCUCAUUUCUCUGUGGACAAUGAAGGAUACUAUACCUCCAUGCAUUUUGACUGUGGUCUUAACAGUAACAGGAGUUAUAUUUGUAACUAUGCACAGCCAGGGACUGAGAAUGAGCAAGAUACAGGUAUUUCUCCCAUGAGUUCAGACUGUGUUUGGGAACAUUAUGUAGAUCACAGAAGGCAAGAAAGACAGAACAUCUCAUUUAAGAAACCAAAGGCAAAGCCGUCACCACCAAAACGAAGCUCAUCUUUGAGAAUUUCUGAUAACCAUACAGAUGUUUCGGACAUGAAAGAACCAAAGAUAACCAGUGUGCAGCAAGUACUUCACACCUCCAGGGAAAUGAUGCUGCCACUUGAGAUUUCAAAUACACCUUCAAGAACCGAAAACUUUUCUCCACCAAAUCAACAGGACAUUUCUUGGGUCAAUCGGGAAGUUAACGAUUCAAAGAAUACUCAAUUUAUCACACCAGAAAUUCCAUCAUAUAAAGAGGAAGGAGGUGAACAGCAUCACUAUGCAGAUAUGUGGCUCCUCAAUGACUUGAAAACAAGUGAUCCUUAUAGGUCUUUAUCAAACUCAAGCACUGCUACAGGUACUACUGUCAUAGAGUGUAUCAAGUCACCAGAAAGUUCAGAGUCACAAAAUUCACAGCCUGAAUCUCCUGCCACCACUCCUUCCCUUCCUUCAGUUGAGAAUGAGUUCAAAUUAGCUUCACCAGAAAAAUUGGCAGGGUUAGCAUCUCCUUCAAGUGGUUACUCUAGCCAAUCAGAAACGCCUACUUCAUCCUUUCCUACUCCUUUCUUUUCGGGACCGUUGUCACCUGGUGGUAACAAAAGAAAACCAAAGGUCCCAGAAAGAAAGUCCUCUUUACAGCAUCCAUCUAAAUGUGGAAAUAUUUUCUUAAGCAUAGAUACAGAACUUCCAAUUAUACCUCCUACACAUCUUGACCUAAGUGCUCUUCAUGUGUUUCAUAAACCAUUGCCAUACAGACCACAAAUACACGCUUUCAGUCAUGUCAAUCAAAAUCUGUCAGAGGAUGAAAAUACAAAUUCAUCACCUGCCCUUGCCAUAACACCUUCAGUGCUGAAAUCUGUCCACCUAAGAUCAGUUAACAAACAAAACAGGGAGUCCAGACUCAAAGAAUGCACUAACAUAUUAUGUACACAAGAUCCUACAAUAAUAGUGGAGACUUAUCCCCCUGAAAAAACAACUGUGCCAGCUCCUAGAAAAUCAAUAUUGCGCCAGUUUUCUACUGAGGAAGCAAUGCUACCAUAUAUUGAUGCAUCGCCAGUUGACACAAGCCCAGAAUUUUUUUUUCAAGGUAGUGCCCUCUUUACUGGUCAUGGUUUAUACAAACCAAAAGUUACGCCACCUUUGAUUAGCAAAGCUAAAGAAGCUGUACCAGAAAAACAUAAAAAAUACCGGGCUGAAGAUAUUAUAGAAGAAACUAUUUUCACAGCACAACCAGAAACCAUUACAAAAUAUGUACAAGUUUAUUCUGCCAUCUUCAGUGAUGUUGCUAGUGAACAAAGGAGUCAUUCCCAAGAGGAAAGGCAACUCAAAGCAGAACAGGAGCCACACAUACAUUGUGAACCAAUAACCAUAUCUGAAACUGUCAAAAGAACUAACACUGGGUUUGAUUUGAAAGACAGAACUGCUGAGGUGUCUCCAUUGCCCAGCAAUGAGCCUGACAUAAGCAACAAUGACAAAGUGCCUGGAAAUACUCUCAACUUUGAAUCAGAGAUCUCAACUUUAAAUCCACUCAGUGACGAAUGUCCACAGCAGGAAUAUGAAACUAUAUCAGGUAUUCCAACCAAAAGUGCCUCAGAGGACAGCAAGAUAGAAGACACAUUAGAAAGUACUGAUGAUGACAUCUCAUGGAAAGAAUCCUCUAUGAGUGAGGAUUCACUUGUAUCACCAAUGAGUGAGGAUUCCCAGGCUGACAACGACGAUGUCUUUGUAUCACCUAACAGACCCCGCACUACUGAGGACCUUUUUGCAGUCAUCCACAGAUCUAAAAGGAAAAUUUUGGGCAGAAAAGAUUCUGGAGAGUCCAAUGUAAAAAGCAAAACAAAAGCUGUAACAGCAGCACCAACUCCACAGGCUACACCAUCAGGUUCUCAGAGGUCUCCAGGUCUCAUCUACAGGAAUGCCAAAAAAUCAAAUACAUCAAAUGAAGAAUUUAAGCUGCUCCUCUUAAAAAAAGGCAGUAGGUCAGAUACCAGUUACCGCAUGUCAGCAACGGAAAUCCUGAAGAGCCCAGUAACUCCCAAGUCGAUUGGUGAUUUGUCCUUUGACUCCUCCAGCUCUGAAGAACCUGGACAGUUGUCACCUGGCGGCGAUGCUUUUUCACCUUUAUCACCAUGUUCUCCUCGAGUAAUAUCUGAAGGCUUUUCAAUGAAGACUGCCGCCUCUAGAGUUGGGAGAUCCCGAGUGCCUCCUGCUGCAAGCAGUAGCCGUUAUAGUGUUAGGUGCCGGCUAUACAAUGCCCCAAUGCAGGCCAUUUCUGAAGGUGAAACAGAGAAUUCAGAUGGAAGUCCUCAUGAUGACAGAUCUUCACAGAGCUCAACGUAGGACUAGGACUCUGGUUUACGUGCAAGAAAUUGCCACAAAGAAAAAAAAAAAGAAACUGAAAAAAAUAUAAAUAAAUAAAUGUAUGUGCCAGCUCAAAAAAAGAAGAGAAAAUAAGGGAUAUCCGUACACUAGAUAUUGCUCCAGGACCAUGUCCAGUUACUAUUUGGUGGAAACAUUGGUUUGUAUUUCUUUCCAAUGAACUUUUCAGAUACAAUAUACCUGCCUGAUAAAAACAAUAUAAAUGUAUCAAAAAUAUCGCAGGGUGCUGUAAGUGUUAAGGACAUAUAAUAGCAUUGAAAAAUUACAAUGGACAUAAGAAAAUACUAGUGCAAUUAUUUAUCAUUUAGAAUUAUGGAAACUUGUGUUUACUUAAGCUAUGGUUUUCUUUAAAAUGUAGUUAUUGUAUAUCAGUAAUCUAACAAAACCACUUUAAAGGGGAAGUAAAUGGGAAAGUAUUGCUGUGGAAAACUACAAAUAUUGUAAAAAAAAAAAAAAUAACAACUAAAUAUCGAAAUAUAACUUUGCUGAAGUGCUUCCCUGGGAAAUAAGCAGAAGAAAAGAAGAAAUAAUUCUUGAAAAUAAAUAUUUUUGUACAUUAGGAAUUCAAAUAAUAGAGCAAACUUUCAAAGUAAUUAAAAAAAGAUGUAAAUAACAUAUUUUUUAUAAAAUUGUACAUAGGAUUAUUAAACUAAAAUUGGAUAUGCAGCCAAUGAAUAAAAACAUUAGAAAUCAUGGACAGUAUGCGCAGGGCUCUUAAAUAACGUUUUGCAGCACACAAAAAGAGAAAGAUUCAGAGGGUUAAGAGGUAAUUGUAUUCUGUGAAUACCAUCGUCCUGUUCUGCAUCACAGAAAUUUUUGACCAUGAUCAUUAUAAUACUCAGCAGCCUCAAAUUUUUUUUUCUACAUUUUGAAAGAUUUGAGUAUAUGUUUUUCUAAUGUAAAAAGAAUUUGAAAGUACUGUAGCAUUCAUUCUUCUUUUCCUACUAACUACUAUGUUGACUGCAAGGCCAAUCAAAUACAGAAGGGUAACACUGGCUCUUGAUGGUAUAGCUCUACAACCCAAAAACUGCCUGUUAUCAAUGAGCCAUCUGGAAUAUAAGCUAUGUGGCAAAGUUAAGGUCACUGAUGAGUGGGGUAACAAUGUUGUGUGACCUUAUAUGACCUUUUCGGCCACCCUUUCUAGAAAUAUUGGGGCUGUUUGGAUGGAAAAUGCUUUUCCAAAGUGGUAAUAUUUAUGAAACAUAUAUCUUUAAUAUGGUAAGUUUGCCCUAUUUGCACUCAGCUAUCCAUACACUAUAUGAGGUGCUUUCUGUAAAGUCUUUUAAUCAGUAAAAACUAAUUGUUAAUGCCCAGUAUUCCUGAUGGAAGUGCCAUUAUAAAUGAAACUGUGACAACUUCAAGUGAGCACAAUAUUGUUAACCAACAAAAGAACGUCUUUUGUACUGUGCACUGGAUCUUGGACUUAAAGGGCUUGUCUGGGAAUACCUGACUUACAGUAACUGAUACCUACAGCCUGCCUAUUUUGUUGAAAGAUUCUUACUUACCUGCUCCCCACCACUCCAGUUCUGCGGGAUGGCUCCUCCAGUCCACACCUUGUUUACUUCCUCCUUGGCAUGGUCACCUGCUCUGCUGCAGCCAACCACUGGCUUCAGACGGCAUUGGUUAAAAGUUAGGUAUUCCCAUCGGACAACCACUUUAAGAGUGGAAAUGAUCACUCUAGUAUACAGAGCAAUGACUACUAUUGAACAUGUGUAGCACGAGCA